CCGAGCUCUCGGCCCGAGCAGGUGGUCCGGAGGCACAUCCUGGGCUCCAUCGUGCAGAGCGAAGGCAGCUACGUGGAGUCUUUGAAGCGGGUCCUCCAGGAUUACCGCAACCCGCUGGUGGAGAUGGAGCCCAAGGCGCUGAGCCUCCGCAAGUGCCAGGUGGUGUUCUUCCGCGUGAAGGAGAUCCUGCACUGCCACUCCAUGUUCCAGAUCGCCCUGUCCUCCCGCGUGGCCGAGUGGGACGCCUCCGAGAAGAUCGGGGACCUCUUCGUGGCUUCGUUCUCCAAGUCCAUGGUGCUCGACGUGUAUAGCGACUACGUGAACAACUUCACCAACGCCAUGUCCAUCAUCAAGAAGGCCUGUCUCACCAAGCCCGCUUUCCUCGAGUUCCUCAAGCGGCGGCAGGUGUGUAGCCCCGACCGCGUCACGCUCUACGGGCUGAUGGUGAAGCCCAUCCAGAGGUUCCCGCAGUUCAUCCUCCUGCUUCAGGACAUGCUGAAGAACACCCCCAGGGGCCACCCGGACAGGCUCUCGCUGCAGCUGGCCCUCACAGAGCUGGAGACGCUGGCCGAGAAGCUCAAUGAGCAGAAGCGGCUCGCUGACCAGGUGGCCGAGAUCCAGCAGCUGACCAAGAGCGUCAGCGACCGCAGCAGCCUCAACAAGCUGUUGACCUCGGGCCAGAGGCAGCUGCUCCUCUGUGAGACGCUGACGGAGACGGUAUACGGUGACCGCGGGCAGCUGAUCAAGUCCAAGGAGCGCAGGGUCUUCCUGCUCAACGACAUGCUGGUCUGCGCCAACAUCAACUUCAAGCCUGCCAACCACAGGGGCCAGCUGGAGAUCAGCAGCCUGGUGCCCCUGGGGCCCAAGUACGUGGUGAAGUGGAACACGGCGCUGCCCCAGGUGCAGGUGGUGGAGGUGGGCCAGGAGGGGCGGCUCCUACGACAAGGACAACGUGCUCAUCCAGCACGCCGGCGCCAAGAAGUCCUCUGCCUCGGGCCAGGCUCAGAGUGAGUACCGCCCGCUGCUGCCCGGGGAGCACCUGCUCAGGCUCCAGGGCCCAUCCGGGGGCCCCCAGGCCACUGGGCCACUGGGCCCAGAGCUCUUGCUGGUUUACAGCCCCACAAACCCACACCCACACCCCAACCUCUGUGAGUACACGCACAUCCCACAGCCACACCUGCACACACUGGACAGGCGCUCCCGGCCCUGCCCACUCCAGCCCCACGUGCCCUCGCACACACGUGUGCACACACGUGCCUGCACAGGCAAUGACUUUGAGUCAGGAAGCGUGACUUCCAGUCCCGCCUGGGCAUUGCCUGCCUCCCUGAGUGAUGUGGGCAGGUGUCACCUCCUCUCUGUGCCUCAGUUUGUCCCUCCGGACAGCCAGGGUCUCAGGUGACACUAAUCCUGCCCCUACACCCUCAGGGACCAGGUUAGGGCUUCCUGGCUCUGCUGGGUCCUCCUUCCCCUGUCCUGACCAUCCGCAGGCUUGUUUCUGUCUACUUGCCUUUACUCA